AUGGAAGUUAUAACAGCAAUUUUCGUAUGCUUCCUGGCAAUUUUGAUCUAUCUCUUGAUAAAAUAUCCGGAUAGAUGUAUUGGUACAAAACCAAGGACAGAUCUUAAUGGUCCUAAAGGUUAUCCACUCAUUGGAAAUAUGUUAGAUAUUCACAAAGAUAAUAAAGGUCUCUUAAUGUUCAUGAACGAUACUUUAACAAAAUACGGUCCGAAUGCAACGUAUACGUUACCAGGCUUGGGUAGGAUUAUCACAAUUAAUAAUCCCGAAUGCAUCGAACACGUUUUGAAAACGAAUUUUGAGAACUAUCAUAAAUCGCCAAUCUUACAAAGUAUUCUUUAUGAUGUCUUGGGAGAUGGAAUUUUCAAUACUAAUGGUAACGCAUGGAAAAUGCAAAGAAAAUUAUCGACUCAUUUAUUUAACGGCAGAAAAUUUCGUGAGAUUAUUAGCGUCGUGUUUAAAGAAGAAACCGAGAAAGUAUUAAAUACCUUGGAUAAAUUGGCAAAGACUGGUGACACGUUUGAUUUACAAGAUUUAUUUUUUAAGUUUACAAUGGAUGCUUUCGGAAAAGUUACAUUCGGAUUGGACCUAAAAUGCUUGGAAAAUCCAAAAGAACCAGUAAAAUUUGCAACGGCAAUCGAUUUGGUGCAAAGAGUAAUGGACGAUCGAAUCAAUAAUCCUUUUUGGAAAUUCACAGAAUUAUUUACAGAAGAUGGUCGUAAAGUGCGUGAAGCGUGUGAUCAUUUAACAACUUUUGCUUAUGAUAUAAUUAAGAACCAUAGGAAAAAUCCGGAAGCAUUAAAUGACUCCAGAGAUAUCCUUAAUAUAUUUAUGAACGCACAACAUGAUAACGGAGAAAAAUUGUCCGAUAAGGAAUUAAGAGAUGUUGUAUUAAAUUUUAUCAUUGCUGGACGUGACACAACUGCACAAGCGCUCUCGUGGAUGAUGUAUAAUCUUAUGGUCGACCCUUCCGUUGAAGAAAAAUUAGUUAAAGAAGCUAAUUCUUUGCUCACGCCAGAAAAUCCAAUUUCAAGUUAUGACAAUACAAAACGUUUUCAAUAUAUGCUGGCAGUAUUUUACGAAACGCUUCGAUUACAUCCUGUAGUACCGAAAAAUUUGAAGGUAUGUCUUAAAGAUGAUGUGCUUCCCAAUGGCGUACCAAUUUAUGCCGGUGAGAUUGUUAAUUGGUCAACCUGGGCGAUGGGAAGAGAUGAAAGGAUAUGGGGGAGUGAUGCAAAGCAAUUUAUCCCCGAAAGAUUUUUAAAUUCUGAAGAUGGAUUGAAGCCAAAUCAAUAUAAAUUCAAUAGUUUUAAUUCUGGACCUAGAUUAUGUCUUGGGCAAAAUUUUGCCACAGUUGAAGCCAUAAUGUUAGCGACAGCUGUAUUAAGACAAUUUAAAUUUGAAAUGGUACCGGGACAAAAAUGUCCUCCUGAUUAUGUCCAUUCUGUAACUUUACCAAUGAAGAACCCUUUACUAGUUAAAGUUCAUUAUAGGGGAUGA